AUGUCGGCGCCUACAGAUCAGUUCUACCUGCGAUACUACUCCGGUCACUCUGGACGGUUCGGACACGAGUUCCUGGAGUUCGACUUCCGCGUCCUUGGCGAUGGAAGAAGCGCAGUUGCGCGUUACGCGAACAACUCUAACUACCGAAACGACAGCCUGAUUCGCAAAGAGAUGUGCGUCAGCGCUCUUGUUAUCGACGAGAUCAAGCGCAUCAUCAAGACCAGCGAGAUCAUGAAGGAAGACGACUCAAAGUGGCCACAGAAGAACAAGGACGGGCGUCAAGAGCUCGAGAUACGGCUAGGCAACGACCAUAUUUCAUUCGAGACGGCCAAGAUAGGUUCAUUGGUCGAUGUCACGGAGUCCGCCGACCCUGAAGGACUCCGAGUGUUCUACUACCUGGUGCAGGAUCUGAAGGCGCUGGUGUUCAGCUUGAUCGCCCUGCACUUCAAGAUCAAGCCCAUCUAA